UAUCGAUUUUGAAUCCAAUGGCUAAAAGGAUCAAUACAAUCAUCUUGUACUAAAAGUAAGAUGCUAUUAUAUACUUUCCCAUAUAAAAUUUUGUAGGCCAUCUCUAGAAUUACUUGAAUUUUCCUGAAUUUUAAUUUGCUAGUAUUCCAUCUUCCACGAAGUCUUCCCCAUAUUAAAUCACCCCAACCCACCAUUGCAGCCAUACCAAAAGGCAACAACUCUCUCUCUCUCUCUCUCUCUCUCUCUCUCUCUCAAAUCCAUGGCGCUCACUCUCCCCAACCCCUCUCUAAAACAAGCAUCACAUGACAACCAGCACAAACCCAUCUCCACCAAAAGAAUCCUCUCAACCCAAUUCCUGCAUCUCACAUCCACCACAAGCCCACCAUCCUCAUCCAUGGCCAAGAAAAUAAUCUACAAAUCCAUCUCCAGAAUCAGCUCAUCAGUAGCAAGAGCAGUACCAGGCCUUGAUGAUUCUCUCUCCACCACAACCACCGCCCUCCCCCAAAAACAAGAAAAAACACAAGAAGGCCAAGAGAGAGAAGAACAAGAGGAAGAGAUGGAAGAAUUGGCACAAGAAGGAGAUAAAGUAGGCAAGCUAUCAGAGAGGUGGAGAGAGAUACAGGGUGAGAACCACUGGACAGGCCUUCUCGAACCCAUGGACCCCCUCCUACGAAGCGAGCUCAUCCGCUAUGGCGAGCAUGCACAGGCAUGCUAUGAUGCCUUCGACUAUGAUCCCUUCUCCCGCUACUGUGGAAGUUGCAGACACAACCGACGACAUUUCUUUGAGGAACUCACUCUCGAUAAUCACUGUUCUUAUGAAGUCACUCGUUAUUUAUAUGCAACUUCCAAUCCAAACCUUCGUAACUUCUUUCGACGAUCACAGUGGCCCAGGACUUGGAGCACAGCGGCAAACUGGAUUGGCUAUGUUGCCAGUGCUGGUGGUAAGGAUGGGAUCGAUACCGGAAAGAGUGAGCUUGGAAGACGUGAUAUCGUGGUCGCCUGGCGUGGGACAGUGACGAGACUAGAGUGGAUCGCAGACCUAAUGGACUGCCUCAAGCCUGUCGGGCUGAGCCAUGGAGACCGCUUGGUGAAGGUGGAGUCUGGGUUUUUGGAUCUGUACUUGAGCAAAGACCCCGCUUGCCGGUUCAGUAAAUACUCGGCACGCGAGCAGGUGCUUUCUGAGGUGCGUCGUCUCAUGGAAAGAUACAAAGAUGAGCCGGAGCUGAGCAUCACAGUCACUGGCCACAGCCUUGGAGGUGCACUAGCCCUGCUCAGUGCCUAUGACAUAGCAGAAUCCGGGCUCAACCUGCGGCUUGACGGCACACGCGCUCUGAUUACUGUCUUCUCCUUUGCUGCACCACGAGUAGGCAACAGGCACUUCGCAAAGCGGUGCGAGGAGCUCGGUGUCCACGUGCUCCGCGUCGUAAAUGUGCAUGACACUGUGCCUAAGGUGCCGGGCUUUCUCAUCAACGAGCACGUGCAAGUACCACAAGCACUCACAGAUGGCUUACCAUGGAGCUAUGCUCAUGUCGGAGUCGAGCUCACACUCGACCACCGAAGAUCGCCUUUUUUAAAGGAAACUGGAGACCCAAGCUGCUACCAUAACUUGGAGGCUCACCUGCACCUGCUAGAUGGCUACCAUGGAAGGGGGCAGAGGUUUGUAUUGGCUAGUGGCAGAGACCCUGCUCUUGUCAACAAGGCAAGUGAUUUUUUGAAGGAGCAUCACAUGGUUCCACCAAAUUGGAGGCAAGAGAGGAACAAGGGUAUGGUCAAGGGGCCUCAUGGGAGAUGGGUGCAACCUGAGAGGAAUAGGGUUGAGGACCACCCUCUUGAUAUAAAAGGGCACCUAGAUCAGAUCAAGCUGCUCUGAUUAAAAUAAGUGGGUGUGAAUAAAUAAUUGUUUAUUGGUUAAGUUUGGUGUUCAGUUAAAUCACAAGAUAACUUGUUUAUUGAUUCA